UGCUCGUGCGCAAGCCGGCGGCCAUGUCCCCUUGCAGCCCAGUCUAAAUCUGAUGUAAAUUUUGCCUCGGUCCGCGUCCUACCUGGUUCAGCCCAGCCCGCCCCAAGUCCGGUGCGCGGGAGGUGGAGAGCUUGGCCUUGGGGUCAGAGGCCAAAAGGCAGCCGCUUGGGCUGUGCCCACCGCUCCACGCUGGGACACCAGCGCCCGGGGCCUCCAGCAGCCGCGGCUGGUACCAAACUCACUGAAUCAGGAACUCUGUGAGGGUCCAGCAGUCGGGAAAGGAAAAGCAUUCCUGCCAUUCGGGUCACGGGGACGAGUCUCAACCUCGUCUCUGCUCAGCAGGCGGGAUCUUAGCUCCCUGACCAGGGAUCGAACCCGCGCCCCCUGCGUUGGAAGCGCAGAGUCUUAACCACUGGACCACCAGGGAAGUCCCUAUAUUUUUUAAUUUUUUAAACAUUUUUUUCACUUUAUUAUUUUUUUAAUUGAAGUAUAGUUGAUUUACAAUGUUGUGUUAAUUUCUGCUGUACAGCAAAGUGACUCAGUUAUAUACAUAUAUACAUUCUUUUUUAAUAUUCUUUUCCAUUAUGGUUUAUCCCAGGAUAUUGAAUAUAGUUCCCUGUGCUAUACAAUAGGAUCUUGUUGUUUAUCCAUUCUAUAUGUAAUAGUUUGCAUCCGCUAACCCCAAACGCCUUGUCUAUCCCUCUCCCACCCUCUCUCCCCCUUGGUAACCACAAAUCUGUUCUCUAUAUCUGUGAGUCUGUUUCUGUUUUGUAGAUAGUUUCAUUUGUGCCAUAUUUUAGAUCCACAUAUAAGUGAAAUCAUAUGGUAUUUGUCUUUCUCUUUCUGACUUACUUUACUUAGUAUGAUAAUUUCUAGUUGCAUCCAUGUUGCUGCAGAUAGCAUUAUUCCCUUCUCUUUUUUAUGGCUGAGUAGUAUUCCAUUGUAUAUAUGUACCACAUCUUCUUUAUCCAUUCAUCUGUUCAUGGACAUUUAGAUUGUUUCCAUGCCUUGGCUAUUGUGAAUAGUGCUGCUUUGAACAUAGAGGUGCAUGUAUCUUUUUGAGUUAUAGUUUUCUCUGGGUAUAUGCCCAGGAGUGGGAUUGCUGGGUCAUAUGUUAAUUCUAUUUUUAGUUUUUUGAGGAACUUCCAUACUGUUUUCCAUAGUGGCUGCACCAACUUACAUUCCCACUAACAGUGUAGGAGGGUUCCCUUUUCUACACACCCUCUCCAGUGCUUGUUAUCUGUAGACUUUUUAAUGAUGGCCAUUCUGACCAGUGUGAGGUGGGGUACCUCAUUAUAGUUUUGAUUUGCAUUUCUCUAACAAUUAGCAUUGUUGAGCAUCUUUUCAUGUGCCUAUUUGCCAUCUGUAUGUCUUUGGAGAAAUGUCUAUUUAGGUCUUCUGCCGUUUUUUUUUUUUUGGCUGUGUGGCAUGUGGGAUCUUAGUUCUCCGACCAGGGAUCAAACCCGUGCCUCCUGCAUUGGAAGCAUGGAAUCUUAACCACUGGACUGCCAGGGAAGUCCUUCUGCCCAUUUUUUGAUUGGGUUGUUUGUUUUUUUGUUGUUGAGUUGUAUGAGCUGUUUGUGUAUUUUUGAAAUUAAGCCUUGCUGGUUGCAUUAUUUGUAAAUAUUUUCUUCCAUUCCAUAGGUUGUCUUUUCGUUUUGUUUAUGGUUUCCUUUGCUGUGCAAAAGCUUGUAAGUUUGAUUAGGUCCCAUUUAUUUUUGUUUUUAUUUCUGUUGCCUUGGGAGACUGACCUAAGAAAACAUUGGUACAAUUAAUGUUGGAAAAUGCUUUGCCUAUGAUCUCUUCUAGGAGUUUUAUGGUGUCACAUCUUAUGUUUAAGUCUUUAAGCCAUUUUCAGUUUGUUUUUGUGUAUGGUGAGAGGGUGUGUUCUUUUUUUAAAAAUUUUUAUGGGAGUAUAGCUGAUUUACAAUUUUGUGUUAGUUUCAGGUGUACAGCAAAGUGAGUCAGUUACACAUAUACAUAUAUCUACUCUUUUUUAGAGUCUUUUCCCAUAUAGGUCAUUACAGAGUACUGAGUAGAGUUCCUGUGCUAUACAGUAGGCCCUUAUUAGUUAUCUAUUUUAUAUAUAGUAGUGUGUAUAUUGUCAGUCCCAAUCUCCCACUUUAUCCCUCUCCCUCCUUGCCCCCUUGGUAACCAUAAGUUUGUUUUAUACAUCUGUGACUCUAUUUCUGUUUUGUAAAUAAGUUCAUUUGUACCUUUUUUUAGAUUCCACAUGUAAGCAAUAUCAUAUGAUAUUUGUCUUUCUCUGUCUGACUUACUUCACUCAGUAUGACAGUCUCUAGGUCCAUCCACGUUGCUGCAAAUGGCAUUAUUUCAUUCUUUUUUAUGGCUGACUAAUAUUCCACUGUAUAUAGGUACUGCAUUUUCUUUAUCCACUCCUCUGUUGAUGGACAUUUAGGUUGCUUCCAUGUCUUGGCUAUUGUAAAUAGUGCUGCAGUGAACUUUGGGGUACAUGUAUCUUUUUGAAUUAUGGUUUUCUCCAGAUAUAUGCCCAGGAGUGGGAUUGCUGGAUCAUAUGGUAGUUCUAUAUUUAGUUUUUUAAGGAACCUCCAUACUGUUCUCCAUAGUGGCUGUACCAAUUUACAUUCCCACCAACAGUGUAGGAGGUUUCCCUUUUCUCCACAGGAGAGGUUGUGUUCUAAUUUCACUGAUUUACAUGCAGCUGUCCAACUUUCCUAGCUACACUUGCUGAAGAGACUGUCUUUUUCCCAUUGUGUAUUCUUGCCUCCUUUGUUGAAGAUUAAUUGACCGUAGGCGUGUGGGUUUAUUUCUGGGCUCUCUGUUCUGUUCCAUUGAUCUGUAUGUCUGUUUUUGUACCAAUACCACACUGUUUUGAUUACUGUAGCUUUGUAGUAUUGUCUGAAGCCUAGGAGGGUUAUGCCUUUCGCUUUGUUCUUUUUCCUCAGGAUUGCUUUGGCAAUUCUGGGUCUUUUAUGGUUCCAUAUAAAUUUUAGGAUUAUUUAUUCUAGUUCUGUAAUGUCAUGGGUAAUUUGAUAGGGAUGGCAUUAAAUCUGUAGAUUGCUUUGGGUAGUAUUGCCAUUUUAGCUUUUCGGAUUCUGUUUAAGUUUUUUAAAAUAUUGUUAAUUUUGUCAUAUACUCAUUUUUUUUCUAAACCUUUAUGCUGUUCUUUUUCUGCCCUUAUAAGUCAAUGGUUAACCCAUUGAUACUGAUUUUUCUUCUAUAGGAAUUGAUGAUUUUUGUAAAUACAAUUAACCCUUGAGCAACAUGGGUUUGAAAUGCAUGUGUCCACUUAUAUGCAGAUUUUUUUCAGUACUAAAUACUACAAUACUACAGGAUCAGUGGUUGGUUGAAUCCUUGGAUACUGAAGGCUGACUAUGAGUUAUACUCGAAUUUUCCACUGCCGGAGGGUUGGUGCCCCAACCCCUGCAGUUGUUCAAGGGUCAGUUGUAUAUAAAUAUAUGUACCACACCAGCCAUGGAUUUCUAGUGUUAUCUGAAACAGUGAUUUUAAUUUCUUGCUUCUACCCUGUCACAUAAGUAGUCCUGAUUAGCUAAAGAUAAAUAUGUGUGUAUCUCCUUAUCCCUAUAAUGUGAUGCAUUUUUAUAUAGCAUAUACCACCACCUGAUAAUAUUUUGUUAAUUUAGUGGUCCUCCUUCAAACGACCCAGGCACUUUAGGAUUUUUCUGUUUUGUUCAGUGCUGUGUCUCCUGUGACUGCACGUAGUAGGACAGGGUGAAUAUUACCUAAAUAAAUAUGAGAUGAAGGAGCAGGAGGUAAGGGCCUUAAGGGAAGCAUCCUUGCUGAAGACAUAGGGCUUAGUCAAAAGAAGGAGCUCAAAGAUAAAACACUUGAAUAGAAUACUUCAUUUGUCUACUCUCCAUAGUGUGCCCAACAGGGUUCUAGGCCAGACCCUGGUAAUGUUAGGGCAUAAGGGCCUCACUGACAACUAAAUUGUAAAGUAUAUGUUCAGAAAUACACUCAUUGGGCAUUUAGGCUUUGAAGGUAAAUACACGUGCAUACACACAGCUCCUCAGCAGCUUUCUAGUUGGGUAGCAUUGAACACAUAGUUAAGUGACUCUUUCCAAGAUUCUUCAACUAUAAACUGGUUGUGUUACUAUCUGGUUUGCAGAGUUUCUAUGAAUAAUCUUUUUGCAGAGGUAUGGGCAUCUCUUUGCCAAGUCAUACUCAUAUCUUGGUUGCUCAAAUGGAACAUGUUGUUAGUAAAGAAUGUUACAGUUUGUAUUGGCUUUAAAAUAUAUACUUCAUCCACGGUAGUGGAAGAAACUGUUGCAUUUUCGUUAUUUGAAAUUUGUGCAGUAGUGCUACAGAUAUCACUGUGAGAGAUGACACACACUGCUAACUUCACUCCGAGUGUUCUUGUUCUGCUGCUGCUCUACCUCCUGUACAAUUCCUGCAGAAUUGAAUAGGAGAAGUCUUCUCUGCCACCUGCAUGUGGAAUUCAGUCAGUUGAUGCUGUUUCUCAAAAACCAGGUUUUGGGGACCCUGCAGCCCUUGUGGGAGAGGGUCUAGUAGUCAGGGGCUGAGCAGUAAUACAUGUUAGCCUGCCAAGCAGUGCAGAAAUAAAUAUUGGGAGUGGAACCCCCGGAAGUCUGGCAUACAGGUCACACUUUCCUGGAUUUGAGAUGGUGUGUAUAGUCUUACUAUUGAAGGCGUUCUCUGAUUUUUUUUUUUUUAUGUUUUCAUUAUUAUGAUCAAAUUGACAGCUAAAUUUUUUUAGACUACAGUUAACUUGCUUACAAAAUGGGACUCUUAACCUGUUUUUUUUUAUGAUCUACAAGACCCAGAGGACUGUUUUAUAGCUCUAGAGGAGAUAAGAUUGCUCUAACUUUUUUUUUCCCCCUCUAUUUUCUUACAAGAUUGAUGUGUGUUUGUUUGGGUGUCUUGGGGCUAUGCAUGUCUCUGUGUGUGUGUGUUUUGAGGGGAGUGAUUACUCCUAACAGAUGUGCUGCAAAAUCCACAGUCUUGAUUAUGGAAGUUGUGGGGAGACCCAGAUUCUCGUGUCUUCUUUCUCUUGCCUCAGCUCUAACUUCUCAAUACUCUGUCUUUCUUCAUGAAGGGAACAUGGAGGAAGAAAGAACAGCUGCUGAGUUACAGAAAAAUAUGACACAGGAACCAGUGGUCUUUGAGGAUGUGGCUGUGGACUUUACCCAGGAGGAGUGGGCUUUGCUAGAUCUCACUCAGAGAAACCUCUACAGAGAUGUGAUGCUGGAAAACUUCCGGAACCUGGCCUCAUUAGGGUAUCCACUACACACACCCUAUCUGAUCUCCCAGUGGAAACAAGAGGAGGACCUGGAGAUAGCAGAGAGAGGACCCACCCAGGGGGAGCAUCAGGAAGGUUUUGAGACUCAACUUAAAACUAAUGAAUUAGUCGCUCCACAAGAUAUUUAUGGAGAAAAAAUAUCCAGUGAACAGAAUGUAGUAAGAUUAAAAAGGAGUGCUUCCUCGUUGUCCAUUUUACACAAAAGCUGGGAAUACCAUGGUUUUGAUUAUCAGAACAAAAACCAUGAGAGACAUUUGAGAAGUCACAUGGUGGAGAACAUCUGUGAACAUAACGAAGAAAAUCAGUGUAGACAAACCUUCAGCCAUAUCUCAAAUCUUAAUAUACUCAAGAGAACUACUGAAGUAAAAGCCUAUGAAUGCCAGGAGUGUAAAAAGGCCUUCACAGAUCAUUUAUCCCUUAAGAAUCACAUAAGGUCUCACACUGGAAGCAAACCCUAUCAGUGUAAGGAAUGUGGGAAAGCUUUCCAUUUUUUUGCUUGUUUUAAGAAGCAUAUGAAAACUCCCACUGAAGAGAAACCCUAUGAAUGUAAGGAAUGUACCAAAGCCUUCAGUUGUUCUUCAUUCUUUAGGGCGCAUAUGAGGAUUCACACAGGAAAGACAAGCUACGAAUGCAAGGAAUGUGGGAAAACAUUUAGCUGUUCUUCAUCCCUUACAGAGCACAAAAGAAUUCACAGUGGAGAUAAGCCUUAUGAAUGUAAGGAGUGUGGGAAAGCAUUUAGUUGUUCCUCCUCACUCUCCAAACACAAAAGAAUUCACAGUGGAGAUAAGCCAUAUGAAUGUAAGGAGUGUGGGAAGGCUUUCAGUUCCUCUUCUCACCUUAUAAUACAUAUAAGAAUCCAUACUGGAGAGAAGCCUUAUGAAUGUAAAGAGUGUGGGAAAGCCUUCAGUGAGUCCUCAAAGCUCACCGUACACGUCAGAACACAUACGGGAGAGAAACCCUAUAAAUGUAAGGAAUGCGGGAAAGCCUACAAUUGUCCGUCCUCCUUAAGUAUCCAUAUGAGAAAACACACUGGGGAGAAACCCUAUGAAUGUCUGGAAUGUGGAAAAGCCUUCUAUCUUCCCACUUCCCUGAAUACACAUGUGAAAAAUCAAAGUAGAGAGAAACCCUACGAAUGUAAGGAAUGUGGAAAAGCCUUCAGUUGUCCCUCGUCCUUUAGAGCACAUGUGAGAGAUCACACUGGAAAGGUGCAGUAUGAAUGUAAGGAAUGUGGGAAGGCCUUUAGUCGUUCCUCAUCCCUCACCGAACACUUAAGAACUCACAGUGGAGAGAAGCCUUAUGAAUGUAAGGAAUGUGGGAAAGCCUUUAUUAGUUCCUCCCACCUUACAGUACAUAUAAGAACUCACACUGGAGAGAAACCUUAUGAAUGUAAGAAAUGUGGAAAAGCCUUCAUUUACCCCUCAGCCCUUAGGAUCCACAUGAGAACGCACACUGGGGAGAAACCCUAUGAAUGUAAGGACUGUGGGAAAGCCUUUCGCCAUUCUUCAUACCUUACUGUCCACACAAGGAUGCACACUGGAGAGAAACCCUUUGAAUGUCUGGAAUGUGGGAAAGCAUUCAGUUGUCCUUCAUCCUUUCGAAGACACGUAAGAAGCCACACUGGUGAGAAGCCCUAUGAAUGUAAGGAAUGUGGGAAAGCCUUUGUUUGUCCCGCUUACUUUCGAAGACAUUUGAAAACUCACACUAGAGGAAACAUAUAAAGUAAGGAAUAAGGAAAUGUCUGCAAGGCUUUUUCAGAUCUUAGGCAGCACACAAGAUCUCACACUGUGGAGACACCCUGUGAAUGUAAGAAAUAGUCGCUCAUCUUUUUGAAGACUUGAGAACUCACGACUAAGAGAAAGCCUGUGUAUGUAAAUCAUGUGGUAACACCUUCAUGAACAUCACUUACUGUGUUCUAAGAAAAUUCAUACUAGAAGCAAAGAUCGGUGCUUCAUCCUUAAAGUGGACUACUGCUGGCUCGUUGAUUUCCAGUUUUAAUUUUCUGAUGAAUGUUUAAGUUGAUAAAUUUCCUCUAAUACCUUUCAGCUGUAGCUGCAUAUGUUUUAUGAGGUGCUUUUGUUUUGGUUUGGAUGUAAAUGUUAUUUCCAUUACAGAGUUUUUUGGACCCAUCGGGGAGUUGAAGUGUAUUUUUUCGUAUGCAGGCAUGAGUGGUCUUUUUUUAAUUAUUAUUAGUUUCUAAUUAACUCUCAUUGUUCUCUAAGUAUGCAGUCAUUGUGGUAUCAACACUUCGGUAUUUGUAAUUUCUUUUGUAAAUGGUAAUUUCAUUUUGAUCUAGUAUGGCAGAAACUGGAAAUUGCCUACCCAAUAUUCCCCAACCCCUUUUUUUUUCUACUAAAAGAUUAUCAGUUUUUACUAUUAAAAGCUUUUCCUGUCUAAUAAGUAAUCCAGUGGAAAUAAGUACAAAGGUUUCGAAAGAAGAGUCUCAUCUGUUAUGAUAUUUUUGUAUUUUGUUCUUUGUCCUUGCUCAUGACUGGGAAUUGGACCCAAUGUUUUGAAUUUUUAUAAAAGAGACCUUGUGACAGGAAAACUAGAAGUUGGUUGGGCUGGCUUAUGUUGUGUUACUUUGGACAUGGCUGGGACUACAUUUCCCAGAAUUACUUCCUUAUCCAGUUCCAGGUUAGAGUUGUCUAAAAUAAGAGUUUAUGUGAGAAUUGGAAGGCAGAGGGAAGAAGCCAUUAUUCUGAGUUUAGCGGGGCCAUGAGACAGGAAGACACAUGCAUAGGUCCUGGUAAGCUCCAGUUUCCAGCUCAUUUUCCUAAUUGUUGGAUCCACUGAUCAGUACUGGCUCAAAACAGAACAUUAAAUGCGUGACUUAAGUUAUCUCAGAGGCAGCAACUCCAUAGACAUUUCCAUAAAUUCCUCUGUCAUGUCCAUACACAGCUUCUUGGAUUUUUUCUGGCAAGUUCUUGCAUUGUAAUUUUGCUGAUAUUACAGCCCCUCUGGCAUAUCAACUGACUGUAUAGAGUUGGCCCCAGUUUGGAGCAGGAUUGUUGUCAUCUGCAUAGUCCAGCCCCGUCAUGUCACUCUGCUCAAGGGGAAAAGACACAUCUGUGCAAGUUCCCUGUGAUCUCAAGACAUGAAGAAGAGCUGUGGACAAUGAGGAAGACCAGGUAUAAUUGAAGUAAGCAUCAGACAGGUGUCAUCCCAUUUUAGUGGAGGAAAGUUUAUAUUUAACACCUUCAAACGGGGAAGAGUGUACUCCUUUUUUAUUUGAGAAGAUGAAAGCUAUUUGGUUUAUGCUGCUUCAGGUACAUUUAGCUACACUUUUUCCUUCCAUUUUAUUUCCCAUUUACCUCAAAACGUACAGCUGUACCACUUCCCCUUAAUCAUCUUUUACUGCUUUGUUAAGGCAUACAUACACUAAUAUGUAUGAAGUGUGCUAAUCUUAAGUGUACAGCUUGAUGAAAUUUCACAUUGUAUAUACCCUGAUAAACAUAGAACGUUUCCAGGAUUCCAGAAAGGUCAUUCAUUUGCCUUCUCAAUAAUUGCUCCAUAGAGGCAACUGCAAUUUUGGCUUUUAUUAUAAUUUAUUAGGUUUGCUUGUUCUUGAUCGUCAUGUAAAUGUUAAAAUACAGUAUGCACAGUUAUGCAUUUGGCUUCUUUUCUCAACAUAACGUCUAAUUUGCCUUUUAAUUGCUCUUUUGGCAGACUUACGAACUUAUUUCUCUUGGUAUAUGCUAUGUAUAUAGGGAUGAAAUUAUUGAAUCAUAGGAUAGACUUUAUGUUUAGUUUUGGUAGGUAUUCCAGUUUUCCAGAAAGUUUGAUUCCACUUGUACUCCUAAAAGCUAUGCAUGAAAGUCCCAAUUGUUCCACAUACCUGGUCAGCACUUUCUAAUUUAGCCAUUCAACACAGGAUAUGCUAAUAUCUUGUUUUUGGUUUUAAUUUGCAUUUACCUGAUAUGUAAUAAUGGUGAAUACUUUUUUAUGUGCUUGUUGGCUAUUUGGAUACCUUUUUUUUUUUUUUGGCUGUGCCACACGGCUUGCAGGAUCUCAGUUCCCUGACCAGGGAUUGAACCCAGGCCACGGCAGUGAAAGCUCAGAAUCCUAACCACUAGGCCACCAGAGAACCUCCUGGAUAUCUUCUUUUAUGAGGGUACCUAUUGAAGCAUUUCACUCAUUUUUGGUUCCUUUUUUAUUUGAAGGGUUUCCUGUGGUUACUUGUCCUUUUUUAAUGUAUGUGUAUCUCUGUUUAUAUCUAGUUACAUACAUAUAUGUUAAACAUGUUAUAAUACAUGUAAAUUAUGUGUAUUAUAUAUAUGUGUAUGUAUUGCAGAUAACUUUUCCCAGUCUCUGACAUGUCUUCAUGCUUUUCAUUUUUGUAAACUAUAAAGGGAAUUUAUUGGUUUGAUUACUGAAAAAUCCUUGGGUAUAAGUAACUUCAGAGGUGCCUGGGUCCUGGAGCUAAAAAGAUGUUAUCUGGAUGAGUUCUGUUUCCAUGUCUUGUCUGUGCAUCUUUCUGCGUUAGCUAUUCUUCCUUGUGGGCUCUUUUUUACAGUGGCCCUCAGAAGAUCCAGGCUGCUUUCUUUCUGGGUUGAAGUCUCAGGGAGAAGAGAGUGAUUGUCUUUCUGAAUAAUUCCAAUGAUUAUUACAGUUGAAUCUGAUUGGCUCACUUGCCAACUGUUGUCAAAUCACUGUGGCCAGAGGAAUGUAAUUCUCUAGUUUGUUUAGGACUGGCUUCCAUACUCAUCCAGAAAAGGAGAGUGGAGUCAGUCCUAACUGAAUCAUAGGGUCCUGGCAAUUGUGAUGUAUAUGGUGAAGGGCAGGAGACAGCAGGGGGCAGGUAGGGUGUAGAAAUAGAGGUAAUAACAUCAGCUAACACAAUAUGCUUAUUCUGGUCUUAGCACUGGGAGGGAACUAUGAAGUCUGGGGACUCUCAGCCAAGGCUAAGUAGUUCUAGAAAUCCUUUCAGAAAGGUUCGAUUCCAUCUGUUACCAUCUCUUUAGAUUGCUAAGAUGGUUUCUCAAUCUUUACUUGGCUUUGCAGUAUUUUUGGAUAUCCGGUAGCAAGAGCCUUCCAACUUUUUUAUUCAUCAGAAUUGUCUUCCUUCUCUAUUCCUGAUUUGAUUCUAUAUUAAUUUUAGAUCUUAUCAAUUUUCACGUAUCUGGGACUUUGCUUGGAAUUGCAUUGACUUUAGAGAAUAACCUGAAUAAAAUUGACAUCUUUACAAUACUGAGCCUUCUAACUGAUGAACAUAAUAUAAUUAUCCAUUUAUCUAGGUCGUCUUUAAUUCCUCUUAACAGUGUUUUGUAGUUUUAAUUGUAGAGGUCUUGAAGUAACUUUGUUUAAUUUAUUUCUAGGUAUGUGGUAUAUUUUCCUUUGUAAAUAUUUUUAUUUUUCGAUUUUGGGGGCUAGCACAUAGGAUUGCAAUUUCUUUUUGUACAUUGAUCUUUUAUCCAUGACAUUUAUAAAUUCAAUUAUUUAUUCAAAUAGUUUAUGAAUUAUUUUGGAUUUUCUGUGUAUACAAUCCUGUCAGUGCCAAUAAAAGAAAGUCUUACUUGAUUUCUAAACUUUACCUUUUAUUUUUCUUGCCUCAUUGCUUUAUAGUGAUAAAUAGAAAUGGUAUAAAUGAACAUCUUUGCCUUGUUCCUGAUGUUAGGAGAAAGUAUUCCAUAUUUUACCAUUAAGUAUAAUAAUAGCUGUAAGUUUUUCAUAGAUAACUUUUUUAAAUGAAAGGAAUUCUAUUCCUCGAUUGUCAAGAGUUUUUUUUUUAAUCAUCAGUGAUAUUGAAUUUUAUCUAGUGCCUUUUCUGUCUAUGUCAGAGUCUUUAAAAACUCCUUUGGUCUCUUAAUGUGGUGAAUUACUACAUUCCUUGAUUUUCAGAUGGUAAAACAAGAUGUAUUCCUGGAAUAAACCAUACUUGGAAAUGGUAUAUAUUAGCUUAUUAGCCUUUUCAUUUUGCUAGAUUCAAAAUGCUAUUUAAAAAAAACUUAUUUCUGUGUCUGUGUU